AUGUCAACGGCAGUCACCGUCACUACCAACUUUCCCGCUAGGGAGACGUCCUUCUUAGCGAUGCCAUCAAUCGUCCACCUCGAAAAGGCGUUCAAAAAUGCCGCUACUGAAGAUGCAGCUAUCGACGCAACUGUUGAUGCUAUCUUGAGGCUUCUGGUAUCGUUCAGUGACCUACCUUCUGAUGGCUCUGAUUUUCACACCAAAGAGUCAUUUGGACCUCAUGCUCGUCAAUACGUUGCCGCCAAGCGCCAGAUAGAGAUGGUCCUUCCGGCCUUCCCCGGAAAAAGCAAGAACACGGCCGAGAAGGUCCUUGGACACCUUCCGGACCUCGGCGAAGAGAUAGCGUUAGCUCGUCUGCAUGACCUCUGCCGCCAAAUCAAGCAAUUGUAUGAGCCAGGUGCCAAGAUGAUCAUCGCUACAGACGGAGCUUGUUACAACGACAUAUUAGAAUACACCGAAGACGAGCUUUGGGAAUACGAUUCCGUCUUGCGCCAAAUGGUAGCGAAAGCUGGCUACGACUGUUUUGAGUUCAUUCACUUUCUGGAUCUCGUAGGGGUCUGCGCGAAGCCCACAAUCACCAAGGAAGAGUUUAUGGACCUGCUCGAGCCAGCCAGGCAGGUAAUGAUGGAAAAAUAUCUGCCACAGCACUUUGACGUGGACAAAGCCAUCAGCAGCGACCCUAAUAUGAAGUGUACAUACCUGGCCUACUGCAAAUUUCUCACCAGAGACUUUACUAAGCCCCUGAAAGAACGAGGAUAUUCUGGAAAGGGUAUAAAAAGGAAAGUCCAUGAUACAGCAAAGGCUCUGAUAACCCGUGGUGCUGCCUUUGCAGAGGCAAUUCGACAACGAUACCCGGAUUGUGUGCGAUUGUCUAUCCAUGCUUCGAAUGGGAAAACAAAAAUCCCUAUUCGCUUGAUUCCGUCACCAGAUUCCGAAUCCAUGACUCCAUGGCACUGCUCAGUGGCUGUUGAUAUCUGCGGCACUUUUCGAACUGGCCAUGUCACUGCCUGGAAAGACACACAUGAACUUGUUUACAAAGACGGUCGGCCGUAUCACUUCCGAGAGAGGUCCCCAUUAUAUGAAUGGGACGCCAAGGUGGAGUUUGAGCAUCUCUACGAGGGAGGGUUGAUUGUGCACAACACCAAGGGGUCGGAGCAGACAAAACAGUCUCUAUCAGCUUCAGAUAAAAACAAAGCAGUUUCUCUUGCUUUACUACAGGGCAAGAUUAUUUUUCAAGGUUUCUAG